UGAUCACCACAACCUCCACAUUAAUUGUCUACUACACCCAAAAAGCAUACACUACCCAAAAAAGAAAAAAUGGAAGAAAUGACAACUGGAUUUCGUUUUUUCCCAACGGAAGAAGAACUCAUCUCAUUCUAUCUUCACAACAAACUGGAGGUGGAAGAAGAUAAAAGUAGCAACAAUAUUCAUCGUGUGAUACCAAUCCUCGACAUCUACGAGCUGGAUCCGUGGCAACUCCCAACGCAUUGCGGGGAGCUGUGCGACGGGGACACGGAGCAGUGGUUCUUCUUCAUGCCGCGGCAGGAGAGGGAGGUGCACGGGGGGCGGCCGAGGCGCACGACGGCGUCGGGCUACUGGAAGGCGACGGGGUCGCCCAGCCACGUGUACUCGUCGGAGAACAAGGUGAUCGGCGUGAAGAAGAGCAUGGUGUUCUACAAGGGGAGGGCGCCCACGGGGAGGAAGACUGUGUGGAAAAUGAAUGAAUAUAGGGCUAUUCAACAAGAUCGAACCACUUCCAUGCCCAUCUUGCGCCAUGAAAUGUGUUUGUGUCGGGUUUAUGUGGUGUCAGGGAGCUCGAGGGCGUUCGACCGCCGCCCUACUAGUGCGCCGGAGGCCUCACCUGCCGGAGAUGUCAACUGAUUUUUCAUUUUCUGCUCGACAGAAUUUGAGGGAAAUGCGGGUUGGCUUAAAGCAAUAGGAAUUAAUUUGCCUUGUCUCACACUCAAAUUCUUGUAUAUUGGAGAGAAAAGGAGUGAGAAUGAGCUACUCCACAAAAUUUCACACCCUGUUCGAAGAAAACUUUUCAUUAUAAAUAUGUGAAAAUGGUGGAAAAUUGGUGAAAAAAUAUAUAUUUUUCUCUUCUUUUCCAUCAUAGUAAACGCAUCCUGAGUAUAAAAUAAUUGUGUUUGUAGUGAUGAUAUAAUUUGUAAGGCAGGUUAUAAGUUGAUGGCAUUAACUGUUUUUAUGAAUUUAUAUUAAAGUAGCAUUUAUAUUUGUGCAA